AUGGCCAUCGACACGGACGCUGCAUCCCGGCCGGAGGCAAAGGAAGAGACAAAACCCAACGGACAAGAAGGCGACGACUUCAUCCCCCUAGGCGGCGACUCCGACGCCUCAGACGAUGACGACGACAACAGCGACAACAACGACGCCGAAGCCCCCGACGACGACUCGGCCUCCUUCCACCCCUACCGCAUCACCCUGGAAACCUUCCGCCGCCUGCUCGAAUGCUACCCCACCACGGUCGAGCAGGUGCAUCGGCGCAAGAUGAUGCUGAAGCUGCAGCCCAAGCCCGAAAAAGGAUCGAAGCGUUCGGCGGAGAAGCGCGCCGGCUCGGCCUCGACCAAUGCGCGUGGCGCGGCGCUUAUUCGGAAAACGGAUUUCAAUCCCUCGGAGCAGAGGCAUAUACGUACGGAGACGGAUCGGUUUCUGCUGUUGGAUCAGUGGCGGUAUGAUGGUAUGCCGCAGGCGCUGGCGCAGCGGAAAGAGAGCGAGAAGAAAGAGUCGUGGUCUUUGAAUAAGGAGGAUUUGAUCACGGCCAUGGACUGGAAGACGAAACACGGCCUUCCCCGUCCCACGCUAAUGGGCAUGAUCAAAACCAACCAAAACAAAGCCAUCCUCAAAUCCACCGCCGCCGCCUUCGCCACCCUCCCCACCGCAGACCCCAUGCUCGACCCCAACGCAGCCUUCCCCAAGCCCAGUCUCGACGCGCUCACCACGCCGCUUCGCGGUAUCGGCGUGGCUACCGCAUCCCUGAUCCUGUCGAUUGCCACCGCCAACGGCGACCCGGCCCACCAGAUCCCCUUCUACAGCGACGACCUGUAUCUGUGGCUCUGUUUGAAGGAUUUCCCCGAAACAGAGUCAGUCCCCGAGAAUGGCCCCGAGCAGCCACUGAUCAGCAGCGGUGGCACCACCGAAGACGCUGCCGCCAAGCCUAAGAAGAAGCUGUCCAAGUUCAAGCGGCCGAACGGCGAGCUGAACGUCAAGUACAAUCUCCAUGAAUACCGGCAGCUGUGGAAUGCCAGCUGGGAGCUGCGCCAGCGGCUGAACCGCGCUGUCGAAGCUGAGGCUGAGGCUGAGGGAGGUAGUGACAGCAAAGAUGCUGAUGAGAGUAAAGGCUCUUCUCAUUUAUCGGACCGUCUUGUCUCCCAUCUCGAUAUCGAAAAGGUCGCCUACGUGCUACGCAAUAUCGCCGUUUCGGGCUUUUACCCCGACCAGGACCCCGAGGCUAUUCUGCAGGCCAAGGCGGCCGACGAGGCGGAGGUAGUUGCUGCGGCGAAGAACGACCAGCCGGGGGAAAAGACGGAGAAGAAGCGCAAGCGCAAGGACAAGGAUGAGGGAAAGAAGAGUGGGUCGAGGAAUGCGAAGAGGAAGAAGGCUUGA